UCUUCUUAGACUUGGAGGAAAGGAGGCAAAGGGAUAAGGGAGCAGAACAGAGAGAGAGAGAGAAACAGAGAGUAAUAGUUGGUGGACAGAACAGAACAGAACACAACACAAGAGAAGAAGACAGUUAUCUUCAAUGGAUCUUGUCAUGCACCACCCUCCUUCACUUCCCUCCUCAUCCAACAAUGUAAAGUCACAACAAUUGCAAGGAAGGAGAUUAUCCACCGUGUCCUUUGCAUUGCCUGAGACAGCAGCUUCAGUGGCGGUUACUGCAACCCUUGUUGCUGCAGCUGCCACUCUUCUUGUAAACAGAACCAAAUCUUCUGAUUCUUCAACACAGGUUGAAAUUAAAGUGAAAGUCUGUGAAGAUUGUGGAGGUUCUGGUAUAUGUUCAGAGUGCAAUGGAGAAGGAUUUGUGCUCAAGAAACGAUCGGAUGAAAGCGCAGAGAGGGCAAGAUCACAAGCUAAGAACAUGGCUACUCGAUUCACAGCAGGGCUUCCAAAGAAGUGGAGCUAUUGUACAAAGUGCUCUUCUAGCAGAUCCUGUUCAACCUGUGAUGGAACUGGCAAAUUAAGCUACUAAACUUCAAGAUUUAGAUUCAGAUGCCAUAAUCUGUCCCAAAAUCUUGGAAUUGAAUGAAUUAUAGAAUGUGGCUUGAAGCAAACGACACAUAUAGUGGUUAACCAUUCUUUUUCUUAAGCUUGAUUGCGUGAAGAUGAGUCACUCUUGUAAGCAUUAUUUGAACAUAGUUGUUAGUUUUUAUUGUAUUAUAAACUCCAAUAAUUGAAGUGAGGAAUCAUCAACAUAAUAAACUAGUAACAACAUUAGUCUUGA